AUGUUCCCCCCAACCGAUUUCCAUGGUCGGGGGAGGGGACUCGGGGGCAUGGCGGUUCGGUUCCAACGGGUUUGGCUGGGAUGCUGCUUGCUGCUGCUCACAUGUGGCGGCGAGGCGACCAAAAAUCCGUCCCCCUCCCCACAACCUCCCCGCCCCCCUCUCUUCCCCCAUUUCCCCCUUCCCCCUCCACCCCCCCUCCUCCCCUCUCCUCCCCUGCCAUCCCCUCCCCUCGUCAGAGUUUCCCCCCACCAAGAGGUCCCCCCAAGGUCUUCCCCUCGCCGUCCUUCCCUGGCGGUUCUCUUCCUUGACCAUAUCUUUCCUCUUCCUUGUCACCGUCGUUUUGCUGGACAACACAACACGAGCACCAGCAACUUGAAAGAAAUAGAGAGGAAAGAUUCUAUCACCUUGCCGAUCGUGCUCAUCAUCUCGCGAAUCAAGAUGAACGUGGGAGUUGCCGCUCGACCCUCCCCGCCAGACACCAUGCAUCCUUCCGACCAUUUCGCGCCAAGCCAUCUUUUCGCAGAUCCCUCCGUCUGUCUCGCGACCCGUCUCUCUCCCCAAGACUGCUUCUCCGCAUCGCUCAGCUCGUCCCCGUCGUCGCGCUGCGGAUCCGAAGCGCUCAAAGCCGCCGUGUGCCGGCCAGCAGGCGGCCUCCAGGAGCGGUCGUCCUUGCUCGGCGCGCAGGGGUUAGAACAGGAAUGGGCGGCUAUUUUUGGCGAAGAUGAUGGAGAGGACGGGAUAAACGGGGGUUACGGGGAUGACGUGGAUUACGGUUAUCCCGGGAAUGACGGGAAUAAUGGGGGUGAGCGUGAGGAGGAAGACGACGAGGAGGACGUGCCUUGGGAGGUGAUUAGUUCGCGGCUCCGGCAGCAGCUGAAGCAGGUGCUACACCAGCAGAAGCAGCAGCACGUGCAGUUGUCGCACGCGCGGACACACGACGGUUACCACAGCCAGCGACAUCCGCAAGCGCUCGGGCACGCACCGCCGCAGCUCAACGCCUCUACGCAGAAUGAUCCGAUUAGCGGCCGCUUAGAGAGCUGUCAGCAGUGGGAGCAGAGCAUUGAUAACGACCAAGGUAGCCGGAGAACGGCUAGCUACAGGGACGGCGGCUGUAGGGAAAGCGCUAGGGAAAAUAGCAGCAGGGAAGGCAGCAGCAGGGAGGAGAUAAACUGGUUGGCGCAAGCUUGCGCGGAGGGUCGCUCGAAGCAGGUGGAUCGACGAACAGCUAGCAGCCGUAGGUCGUUCGACGUCGCCAGAUCCGCCCGAAACCCAGUCUCGGAAACGGUUUCCGUCUCCGUUACUGGCGGCGUUUCCGUUUCUGGUUUCGCGAGCCGGGACUGUUCGGCCCACUCGUCGCCCGUGCCGCUGCAGCAGCGCCGGCGAAGCCAUUCCGAAGUGCCGCCGCUGCUGGUAACCGUGCCAAGAUCUUCGCUAGAGAGAUCCGCGCUGUCGGGCAAGAAAGGCUCCCCCGCGCUUCCGCCAUCUCUCCGCCAAGGCGCUAGCUCUUCCCCCAGUCCCAGCGACCGUCAGCAGAAAGCCUUUCCCCCGCGCUCUCCGCGCAGUAACCUAUCCGCGCAGGCACUCCGCACUUCCUCGCUCUCCCCCGAUUCCCCGUCCGUAUCCCCGCGUUCCUCCUCCGCUGCGCUAUCUGCUGCGCUUGCGGCGUCCCGAAAAGCAGAAAGUUUUCGAGAAGAUUUAGAUUCGUCGGACGAGGAAUUCUUAGCCGCUUACUGCCACAUUACUGGUUCCCCCACUCCCCCCGACUGUAGCCCUGCUGCGGGGUCACCUGUAACCUCCCCCCCUUCCGCGGGUUCCGCUGUCGUCCGCGCGCUGCAGAAGAGCGCGAGCUGUUUGGAGGGGCGGGGGGAGCAGCGUCAAGCGCCAGUGCGCGCGCAAGCGGGAAGGGCGCAGGCGCUGGCGAAGUCGCAAGAAACGUUGUUGCGCAAGGGCGGAGCUAGCGGAGGAGCGAGCGGCGCAAGGGACGCGCAUGCUCGGAUAAGGGCGCAGGAAGCGGCGGACGUUCCGCAACGGUCUUACACGGCGCCAUCGGGGGGGAGUAAGCCGGCGCCUUUUGCGGCGCCGUUUGCGGCGGUUAUUGCGCAUCAAAACCUGGAGCAGCAGAAGCUCCACCUGAAGAAACAGCUGCAGCAAGCGCAGCAGCUAAGGACCGCAAUAGGCGGCGGAUUCAGCGGUAGCAGCGGAGGAAGCAGUAGCGGAUGCAGUGGCAGUGGGCUUAGUGCGUCGGAGCUUGCACGGGGAUUGGAACACGAGUUUGGCGGCAAACAAGCUGGAAGGGCCGGCACCGCGCACGGGCCGCGCGGAACAGGGGGAAAUGGGGGAGCCUCCUCCGCGGGGCCUCAGGUGCAACCCCCGAACGCUGCGCAAAGCAGGUCGAGAGGCAUAGGGGGACACGCGGACACUCCUGCUGGCGGAGUGGUAUCCGCGGGUGCGCAGAAGCUGUUCGGGCUGGGGUCGCAGUCUCACCGGAUACUUCCGCACGCCGCCACUACUGGCGGAGGCCCCCGCUCGCUAGUCCGCGGGCGUUCGUGGGCGUCGCUCGAGUUUCAGCGGGCGCAAGGUCCGCCGCAGCACGCGCCGCAUUUAGAGGAGCUGGCCACAUGUACUAAAGGCCUCCCCACUAUUGAGAGCAGUGGCAGCGGGAGCGGCAGCGGCAGCGGUCACGGCGGCAGCAACUGUAGGAGCAGGGAAAAGGGCAACGGCGGUAGUAGGACCGUUAGUUUCUCAGAGCGGCAUUCCGCGCUUGUUUCCCCCGCGGAUUCCCCGCGGGCGCGCGCUGGCGUCGCCGCGCCUCCGCUCUCCGCAAUGGGCAGGGCAAUCUCCGCGGCUGCGGGCGGCGCAUCGCGGUGCUCCCCCUCGUUCACCCACGAGCGGAGCGCUCUUCCGGAGCUCCCCGGUUUGGCGAAAAGGGCGCUGCUUGCGCAGGCGCAGGAGGGGACGGGCUCAACUGGCGCGGGCGGAACCUUGGCUGGCGCAGGCGCAGGCGCACCAAGCCUGUCCCGAACCUCGUCGGCUCGGCAGCUGUACGUUCGGAAGAUGCUGCUGGAUCUGGCGGCGCAGAGCGACGAAGCAAGCGAAGCAGGUUCGGGUUCCGGUUCGGGACACGCGAGCCCGUGUUUCGCGUCGGGCGGGGGAAGCGGAACGGCGGGAAGCGGAACGGGCGGAAGCGGAACGGGCGGAAGCGGAAAGGGGGGUCGGAGCGUGCUUUCUAGGCGCGGGGUACUGGGGCGGUCGGCGUCAGGGAAGGAGCACGCGGGGAGGCGCGCGGGGGCAACGGCGCAUGAAGGCGCGGAGGCGGCGCAAGUGCAACUCCGCGCGGUCAGGCGCUCCGCCUCCGCGCGCUACCAGCCCGCGUCGCGGCUCUCCGUCGACUUGAGCGCAGCUGCCUCUGCGGGGCUGACUGGCGGAGAGAACGGCGGAGGGGCGGGGGAGUGCGGGGAGGGGAAAUCGCUGGGGCGCUCCGCUUCGGACAAGGCAAUGGGGGGAGGGGAUCAGGUGCGGAUGGUGGGUCUGCCGUCCAUCUCUGGGGCGAUUUCCGGGAUUUCCGGGAUUUCGGGGGCUAUUUCAGGGGCAUCAACUUCCGGGGCGAUUUCAGGGCCGGCCGCAGCUGUGGGGGGUGGUGCAUCUAUAGGACUAGUAGAUCCAUUUGCUGGUGCUUAUAAAGGGGGUGCUUGUGACGAGGAUGAGGAUGAUGCGGAUCUCCGUCGCUAUUUUCGCUGCCCGCGACGUCUUGAAUUGUUUUCUCGUCGCGAGGCUCGACGCACACCGUCCGCCAUGGCUCGUCAGGAGCAACCCGGGGGCCGCGGGAGCGACGAGGCCGAGAGGCUGCAUCCAGACGGUCCGUUUGAAGGUAAUCACAUCAACGGCCAAGCUAACGGCCACGUGGAGAGUCACGAAGGGAGCCGAAUGCUAAACGGAGAUUCUCACGUCGUGGUUGAUGUUGACGGUAGCAGCAAGGUGAUGGAUAAGAGCCACACGAUGAGCGGAUACUGCAAGAGGAACAUCACCGAUACAAUUACAGUCAAGUUCAAGGACGUGCGCUACAAGGUGCAAACUGCUAAGGCAGGCUCCUGGGACCCGCGCCACUCCUGCCUCCCCACGCUCCCCGCUCUCCCCACGCUCCUCACCUCCAAGCGAGGGGGAACCGUGGGAGGAGGAGGCGCUGGGGGAGGCGCGGAAGCGGGGGCGGGGGGAAAAGCGGGCGCGGAGGUGCGGGAGAAGGAGAUUCUGCACGGGAUAAGCGGGAGCGUGGCGCCGGGGGAGGUGCUGGCGAUGAUGGGGCCGUCUGGGGGAGGCAAGACGACGUUUCUGAACGUGCUGGGGGGGCGGUUCAAGCAGGGCAACAUGGCGGGGACGCUCACUUACAACGACCUGCCGUACAGCAAGGCGCUCAAGAGAAAGCUGGGCUUCGUGACUCAGGACGAUAUAUUCUUCCCACACCUCACUGUGCGCGAGACCCUCAUGUACGCUGCUGUGCUGCGGCUGCCCAAGGAGCUGAGCUGGGCGGAGAAGGUGCAGCGCGCCGAUGAGACCAUCACUGAACUGGGGCUAGAUAAGUGCCGUAACACGGUUAUUGGAGGGCCAUUCCUGCGCGGCAUAUCCGGGGGAGAGCGCAAGCGAGUGAGCAUAGGCCACGAAAUCCUCAUCAACCCCUCCAUGCUGCUACUGGAUGAACCCACCUCUGGCCUCGACUCCACCACCGCUCUCCGGAUCAUUCAAGUCAUUCAGAACCUCGCCAAAUCGGGCCGAACCGUGGUUACCACCAUCCACCAACCGUCAUCGAGAUUGUUCCACGCAUUCGAUAAGCUGCUGCUCUUAUCGGAGGGCAAUGCUAUUUUUUUCGGGCAGGCUGCAGACGCGAUGGGGUAUUUUGGAAGGUUGGGGUUUGAGCCGCUGUUUGCGAUGAACCCGGCAGAUUUUCUGCUGGAUCUGGCUACGGGGACGACGGCGGAUGUGCAGUUGCCGAGUGUGUUUGGGCAGAGCGAGGAGUGGCAGGGGAAGAGCGUUCCAGAGCAACAACACGACGUGAAAGAGUUCGUGGCUCAAGCUCACAGGGAGCAGCAGCAGCCGCUGGUGCAUGCUGAGCUGGCGGGGCUGCCUGCCAGCUCAGAUGCCGACCAGAAGAGCGUGCUGCAGCGGCGCGGGUGGACGGCGCCGUGGCUGCUGCAGUUCUCGGUGCUGUGGACACGUGGUUUGAAAGAGAGAAGACAUGAAGUUUUAUCCCCGCUCAGGUUCUAUCAG